AUGGCACCUUCAUCGAUGGCUCCAACGCUUUUAGGGAUGGUUACCGUUUAUUCUAACCAAUUCACCGGGACCGUCGGCGGUCAUCCAUCCCCAUACUCCUGCAAAAGAAAUUUCAUUUUUCAGGAAACAAUUAGAACUGCUUUAGCAAUGGGAGCUGAUAGAGGAAUUCAUGUAGAAAUAGAAGAAUCACAAUAUGCAUUUCUUCAGCCAAUUCAUGUUUCAAAAAUAUUAGCAAAACUAGCACAAGAAGAAAAGAUUGAUCUUAUUAUUUUAGGAAAACAAGCAAUUGAUGAUGAUGCAAAUCAAACUGCUCAAAUGAGUGCUGCAGUUCUGGAUUGGCCACAGGUAUGAAACUUA